AUGGCAUCGACGGCGAAGGAUGGAUCGGGGCGCUUUGGCGAUAUGAGGGAUUACAUGGCCAAAACGUUAUUCCAACCGCACCGAGCCCGGGACGCCAUCCGGGACGCCCAUCAGGGCAAGAUCCCUACCCUGCUGAGAUACUACGCCGGGCUGGCCUCCGUCCCGAUCACCCGCUGGCUAGCCCCCAUGGGAUUUGACUAUGUCUGGAUCGAUUGGGAACAUAGCGCCAUGAAUAUUGAGACCAUGACAACCCCCGCGCAACGUCAUUCGUUAUUUGUCCCUUGUUUUUGCAACUUUAUAGGAAGUUUGUCCGCUGAAUGCAUCCACGCGCAGAUGGUACACGAAGCAGUUUUCCUCAGCAACGGCCGCACGAUCCCUUGGGUACGCGUACCCGGCCAUGAUCAUGCCACCAUGGCGUAUGCCCUCGAUGCAGGCGCAUCCAUCGUGGUGCCGCAAGUUGACAAGGUGGAACAGGCCAAAGAGGCCCGCGGAGCUGUAAAGUUUGGCCGAAAGAAUGGCGGGCACCGCUCUGCGCCGCCUUUCCGCUACGUGCAUGGGCUAACGGACGUGCCGCUCGAUAAGGACCACCCGUUGUGGGAAAACUUCAACCGCCAGUUAGGCUUUAUGAUCCAGGUGGAAUCACUCGAGGUGCCCGAGAUCGACGCUGUCUGGCUUGGCACCAUUGAUGCCCGCGUCAGCAUGGGCUUGCCGGGUGGCCAUGGCAUCGUGGGGACAGAAUCCGAGUGGCUUGAGGCUGUUGAGCUGUUCCACAAGACCAUGCGCAAGCAUGACAAGCCUUACUCGGGCUUCUGCCUGGCCAAGGGUGAUGCGUUCUUGAAGAAAAAGAGCUACAUGUCCAUGUGCAUUGUGGCCGGAGACACGCUCAAGCUGAGUGAGAUGAUGGGACACUUGGCGGAGAGAAGAGCCGAGAUAGCUCAGACGCAAAACGAUUCCAAGUAA